UGCGUGUUGGAGUAGCUGACGCCAAAGGGUGCGCAGAGAUUCAGUUGCAUGCUAGAGUCCGUGGAGUGUAUCUCAAGGAAAAUUAUUGUGUUUACAAGUUGUGGUAAAAGUUUUUCCUGUUGUUGACGUGGCGGCGAUGGUGUCCUGACCUGCUGGUGAUACGCACCAUGUCUGGAUCAGCGUGUGCUGGGGAAACUGCGGGCCAUCGCAGGCUGUUCCACCUAGUCCUCGCCUUUCUCCUCGUCCUCUUCCUUCCUGCUCGCAGAGUCACCGGUACCGCUGACGUCAACGCCGGCGCAGAAGCGCGUGCCGUGGUGGCGACCUUUGACUCCCCCAUCGCGUCAGGUGUCUUUAACCACCUCGCUGUCAACACCGAGACACAGACGCUGUACGUGGGCGCCGUCAACCACCUGUACAGCCUGCACCCAAACCUCACCCUUUGGCAGGUCAUCAACACGGGCCCCGAGCUGGACAACCCCGACUGCCCCCCGCCCAUGCCGCAGCUGCAGGACUGCACGGAGGAAAAGAAACCAACAGACAGCUACAACAAAGCCCUUGUUGUGGACUACACAAACCAGCGCCUGAUAGCCUGCUCAAGCAUCUUCCACGGUUUCUGCGAGAAACGCCACCUGACGGACAUCACUCAGCGGGACAAGCCGAGUUACGUGCCGGUGGUGGCCAACAGCAAGAACGCCACCACCGUGGCCUACAUCGCACCCGGCCCGGCGCCUGGGCCCGGCAAGCUGCAGCCGCAGGUGCUGUACGUCAGCGUGUCGUGGAGCCGCACUGGGCCGCAGAUAUGGCGCGAGCGUGUGCCUGCAUUUUCCAGCCGCAGCCUCAGCGACUUCAACCUGGCCUACAUGGAUAACAGCGACAGCUUCCGCCAGACGCAGAUCAAGAUCGAGGUGCAGCAACGGGAGUCUUUCCCAGUGAUGUACAUCUAUGGCUUCGGCUCGGAUAACUUCAGCUACAUGAUCACCAUCCAGAAGCGCAGCGCUCAGAGCGAGGACUACAUCUCCAAGAUCCUGAGGGUGUGCCAGAACGACCGCAACUUCUACUCGUACGUGGAGGUGGAGCUGCAGUGUUCUCAGCGGGGAGCUAACUACAACCUGGUGCAGGCCGCCUACCUGGGCAAGUCGGGCAAGGCGCUGGCUCAGAGCCUCAGCAUUCCCACCACGGAGGAUGUACUUUACACGGUCUUCUCCAGAGGGCGCUCGGCGACACCCGACUUGACGUCCGAGUCAGCCCUGUGCAUCUACCCUAUGCGGAAGGUGCGCAGGAUGUUCACGGAGAACAUACAGAAGUGCUUUAGUGGCGUGGGCAACACCGGCCCGGACCACAUCUCAGCCCCGAGCAAGUGCCUGAUGAACACACAAACGCUCAUCACGGAUGACUACUGCGGAGAGUCGGAGGUGAAUCAACCUAUCGGCGGGUCGGACCCCAUCGCAAGCGAGGCUUUGCUGACCUUCCCCACCGGCACCAACGUGUCGGCUGUCGCCGUGUCCGUCAUCGAGGAAAACACUGUGGCGUUCGUCGGCACUACCAGCGGCUACCUGGUCAAGGUGUCCCUGGAGUCAGGGACCGAGGCCAACAUCUACGAGACGGUGCUGGUGCAGGCUGGGAAGGCCAUUCACACAGACCUGGUGUUCGACGAGGAGCAGGAGCACAUCUACGUUUUGACUGACAACCGGGUGUCCAAGGUGCGAGUACAGGACUGUCGAUACUACAAGACCUGCUCACAGUGCCUGGGUGCCGGGGACCCUUACUGUGGUUGGUGCUCGCUAGAGAGCAAUGGAGUGAAUGCCAACAUGUGCAGCCUGAGGUCGGAGUGCCAGGGCAGCGACACACCCAAGCGAUGGCUGCCGUACAAGGGAGAGGAGUGCACCAAGAUCACCUCGGUGCUGCCCAACCAGAUCCAAAAGGACAAGACCCGCCUGCUGACCUUGCACAUCCAGAACUUGCCGGAAUUCGAGAAGCACUACACCUACAAGUGCUCCUUCACCAGCCCCGCCACCAGCUCCGGCUCCUCCCUGUCCACCCCUCACACGCCGCUGUCGACGCCAGCCAACCGUACCUCCAUGGGCAUCCAGUGCUACUCUCCAGCCACCAACCUCUUACCUCCAAUCCCGACAGGUAAAGACGCUAUCGUGAUGCGGCUGUCUGUGGUGAUGAACCAGCAGGAGUUCGUCUCCACCAACUUCACCUUCUUUGACUGCAACGUGCACACUUCGUGCACCAGUUGUACCAAGAGUCAGUUUCCCUGCACCUGGUGUAUCCGUAACCACCGGUGCACACACCAGACGGAGGAGUUCUGUCGUCGUGAUGUGCUCAUUGCCGGCACCAAUCAAACUGGUACCUCAGCACAUCCUGGCCCAGAAAACUGCCCUCGGUUUGAGCUGGGCAACCAGGACAUACAGAUACUGGUUCCUGCCAACACCAGGCGCCCCAUUGCAGUCCAUGCUAUUGCCAUGCAGGAUUUCCAGAAAGAUAAUCUACGAUGUGAGUUUAACAUAGACACAGGAAAAACUGUUACGGCCACCAUCACUGAUUUUCCUGAUGACAAGGUCCUCAUCAAAUGUGAUAAUGUGACAUUUGACUAUUACCGUAAUGUCAGUCUGCACAAUGUUCCAUUUAAAAUUUUGUGGGGGGAUGGCAACCAUCCACUUGACAAUCCCAACAGUCUGCAAGUUGUCAUGUAUAAGUGCUCGUCCAUGGCUAGCAACUGUGGUCAGUGCUUCACAGUGGAUCCCAAGUAUCAGUGUGGCUGGUGUGAUAAAAGUCACUGCUCUACAGCUGAUUUCUGUCACAAUAUUGAUAACUGGCUUCCACGCUCAGGGGUCUGCCCAAAUCCUACUAUCACUAGUAUUUCCCCUCAUUCUGGUCCACACCUAGGAGGCACCAUUCUGACCAUCAAGGGCAACAACCUUGGCAAGUCAGACAAGGAAGUGGAAGUAGACAUUGAUGGUGUUGCCUGCUCAGUACUUCAGUUCACUGCACCUUUCCUCAUCUUAUGUGAGACAGGGGCUGCUGCAAUUAAGUCUCAAGCUGGCUAUGUACGAGUUACUGUCAACAAUACUCAUCGUGGAGUGUCCCAAGAUAUGUUUCGCUAUGUUGAACCCAAAAUCACAGGCAUAACUCCUGCAAUAGGACCCAUGGAUGGAGGAACAUCUGUCACCAUUAUAGGACACCAUAUGGAUGCAGGAACCUCCAUCACUGUCAACAUUGGUGGUAUGCCCUGCCGUGAGAUUACUCGCAUCGGCGAAAGCAAUCUUACCUGCAUCACUACCAACAGUUCAGCCCCGCCGAAUACCAAGCAUCCUAUUAGUAUGACCGUUGAUAAAGCAGAGGUCCAGGGCCCUAACUUUGUAACUUUCACAUAUGUGCCAACCCUACGAUUUCAGGGGUUGACCACAAAGAAUCCAUUCGCAGAUUAA